CCAGCAGCCAUUGAGACCUUGAGCUACUACCAAAUCACCAGCAACAAUGUCAAUCACACAAUCCCACCCCACCAUCAUGGACCGCAUCAAAUCCCUCGCCCUCGACGAGAUCGAAACCAUCCGCACUCUUGUUCAAGACGGCCUCCGCUCAGGAGCAUACACCUACCCAUUCCAAGGUAUCUUCUACUUCCUCACGCACCGAAGCCUCUGGCGCCCAUUCCUCUCCACCCUCGCCCCGACUCUCUCCCUCUCCAUCAUCAUAACCACAUCCAUGUUCUUCUUCACCUACAUCCCUCAAACGGCCCUUUUGGCCUUCACCUCCGGUCCAUUCGCCCCUUUCUCCGCCGCCCUCCUCGUCCUCACCGAAAGCUCCACCUUGACAAACUUCUUGGCCCGCUCCUUCAUCCUGCGCGAUUCGCUUUUAGAUACCUUCGACGCAACACUACUAUCGCGCGGGCAAACCGCGCUCGUGGCUCGAGGGCGGGAGCUCGACAGUUCGGGAGGUGUCGGCGAUCCGAUCGCGCGGCUGGGACGGGUGGUGAGAAGGCGGUUUACGGGUGGUGGGGUUGGGAGCGUGGUGACUAUGUGGUUGCGUUCCCUACUAUAUCUGCCGCUGAACUUUGUGCCAGUGGUGGGGAGUUUGAUGUACUUGGUCGGGCAGGGGAAGAGGGUGGGGAACAUGGCGCAUGUCAGGUAUUUUGAGCUGAAAGGGUGGACUUCGGAGGAGAAGGAAAGGUGGCUGAAGGAGAAUCGUGCCGCAUAUACGAGUUUCGGUGCUGCGGCGUUUGUCCUUGAGAUAGUUCCCUUUGCCUCCCUGGCACUCGCUUACACGAACACCGUUGGUGCCGCACUCUGGGCGUCGAACUUGGAGAAAGCUAUGUCGACUGCACCCAUCAAACAGACAAAUAAAAACGAAUAAAGUGACGGGCGCACCUCUUCGGUCCCCAUCGAUUCAUGUUUUGCAAGAAAAUCAUCUAUGCUAGAUGACAGUCUGCUCUCUUGAAUGGCUUGGAAUCAGCUGUUGAUUAUUCUCUCGAUAUCAGCAGGCCAGGCCAGCAAUGCUACUUAAUCUUGAUAUGACAACAGGGAGAAUUAUCCAGCCACAAGAAGCCUUGUUGCAACGGCUGAUCCCCAUAGUUUUCAUUAUAACAAUAGUCACCUCAGGUAGUGUAAAUACUAACUAAAGCAGUAUCAUGUGCAUUUCUUGUGAAUGCUGAUGUUUUCUUGCUCCUAACACCUCACCUCAACAUUGCUAUUCUCAAAUUGGUCAGUGCUUACCGUCUUUCUGGUGUUUCUUAUGCUUCCUGUGGUCACCAUACUUGUCAUCUAGGUCUUCAUCCUAAUCCUUCUUAUCAUCUUUGCCAUCCUUGUUGUCUCCGCCGGCCUUUUUCUCACAAUUCCCAGAGUGGCAAUUGUCAGCUGCGCAGUACAAUUCUGUUGAACCACAGUAGCCUCUAAUGGAACAACUUCAGCAAAA